GCACGUCCCAGGGACGGACGGCCAAAAUGGCGGCGGCGCCGCGCGGCAGUGGAGGCCAUUACGUCCGCCCCUGGUGCAGCUCGCGGCCGGCAGCUGCCUCGAGGCCCGCCGGUCGGCCCAGGUCCCGCGCCCUUGCACCGCUCUGCCCUUCUAACGGCCUUCCGCGACUGCCUAAACCGAAGAGCAGUGGAAGGCAGCGCCGUGCCACCGCCCCAAGGCGCGGCUGCAGGCGGGGCCGCCUCCCGGCGGGCAGACGCGGCCAUGUCGGAGCAAGCGCUGGAGGAGGUCUCGGCCCUCGCCGCCAUCUACUGCGAGCCGGGCGCCUGCGAGGUGUUGGCGGCCUCAGAAACGGACGGAGUCACAUUUAGAAUUCAAAUCAACGUGGAAGAGCUAGUGGAUACAGAUAUACUCUUAAAGCUGCUAUUUCAUUUACCAGUCAAUUAUCCGUCAACUCUACCAGAAAUUUCUGUUAGCUCAGACCAGCUUACAAGGGCCCAGUGUAUGGACGUAAAAGAUAAAUUACUUGAACAAGCAAAGAAGCAUCUUUCUGAACCCAUGGUACAUGAGCUGGUUCUUUGGAUACAGCAGCAUCUUAAGUAUGUCAUUAAGCAACCAGCAACAGUUUGCAAUGAAAAAAAUACUUUGUCAAAAGGAGCAAGUACAGAGGAUGCUAUCUGGAUGCUCCUUUUGCAUUUAGAUCACAUGAGAGCGAAGGCAAAAUACGUCAGAACUGUGGAAAAAUGGGCUUCAGAUCUAAAACUGACUGGAAGACUGAUGUUCAUGGGCAAGAUAAUAUUGAUUCUUCUUCAGGGUGACAAGAGCAACAUUAAGGAGUACUUGAUUCUUCAGAAAACUUGUAAGGUCGAUGUGGACUCAAGCGGAAAGAAAUGCAAAGAGAAAAUGAUUAGUGUACUGUGUGAGACAAAAGUACAGUCACAGCAUAAAAGUAAAAGAGAUGGGUAAGCCUGUGAGCCCCUGGGGCACAGAAGUCAUCGAAAUGCGUACUGUGGUGCAUGUUCCUCCCUCCAGAGGAAGUGAAGCAGACACAGAAGUACAAAACACAAGGAAACGAAGCCGAAGCUCCCGAGAAUUGUUAAGAGUGCAUGUCUCAGUGUCUAAAAAGUAAGUGAAAUAUAUAUAGCUAUUGGAGUAAGACAUUUUACUUGCAAAAAAAAAAAAAAAAAAACAACCAAAAAACUGCAAAGAAAAAUGUUUUAACAAAUAAGAAGCUAACUUUCUUUUGGAUAUUGCAUUAUAAACAAUUAUUUGAAGCUUGUUUAGUAAAGUCUUGUUUCCUAUGAACUUGCUUGUGUCUAAAUUGUAUGCAUGAAAACUUUCCUGUAGGCAAGACACAACUGCUUUCCCAGGUGGAUUUCCCAGUGUCUGAUACUGGUUGUGAUCUGCAUAAAUCGUUAAAGUAUCAGUAUUAUUUUUCUUCUCAGUCUGCUACCUGUUUUCAUCAAACCUGUUAGAACUUCCUUCAGGUUGUUAACCUCAUUUUACCUGGAAUAAGUUGAAUUUAAAACUUAAAGAAAAAAUGCUUCCUUAUGGGCAGCACAGCCAUGUAACCAUACCUUACUGUGGAAGUCAGGCUGCAAUGAAAGCUGUAGCAGUAGGACUGAUGACUUGAAUAAUCAAGUUUUUUGGGAUGAAACUGUGGUUUAAUUGGCCUUUAUGAAUCCCUUGUUUUAUUAAGUGUGAGGAAAACAAAAGAUGAAUUAAGAAAGAGAAAGAUACAUUGACAUUGAAGUAAAAACUCAAACCCCACAUCAGCCCUACUUGCACGGCUGUUCUUAUAUGAAUACAUCACAUCCAGAGCAUCUGUUCUUAUCUUGGUGAGAUGUGCUCUGCUCCACAGAAGGAUGUGCUACCCCCAGCCAUGGGUGGGCACCUGCUAUCUCCAGAGGAGAUGUAGCUAGCUAUCUCAGGCAGGUUUGUUAGUAGAAGGCGUGUUUAGAGGGAGGAGCCUGAACAAAACUCCCUUCUUACUGUAUCAUCUUUGAAAACAUUAUUUGUAAUGUAUACAGACUGCAGUUAAGGGUUGUGAUCGAUAGAUCUUGAAAAGAAAUCUGUAUGAGCAGCUAAUCAUUUGGGAGAGUUUCAUGGCUUCAGUGGAAGUAAUGCAGAGUUCCAGAUGAGGGAAGUACCUUUCCUGAGGGGCAUCAUCAAUAUUGGGAAUUUGUCAGCCUUUUCCCCGCCUCCACCAGUUCCGUCUCAUUUAAGAUUAUAGUUCCCUCCCUCCCUGCUCCCCAUUUGUUGUUGUUAUUCCAGGGGAGACGAGACACUGUUAGAACUCCAAGAUGAAAAUCCUUUAUUAAAAAACUAAUUGAAAGUAGAUUUGGUUGUUUUGUGAAUAAAACUAAUUUUUGUAUUUCUAUAGUUUUAUCUCAUUUUCUCAUAACAAGUCUGUCUCUUAUUUCUGUGGGAAUGACCCACAAAAACACCAGUAUUAGAAUAAAUUAUGCACAGAGGAGCUGUAAUGAGCACAAAUUAAACAAACAAACAAAAACAUAGUGGAAAGAUGUUUUGUUUACAUGAUUUUCUUUAGAAACAGUUUAAUAAAACACAUAUAUGGAUGAUUUAAAA